GCCCUUAAAGUUAAAUUGACAGAACGGGUUUGCAUCCCUUCUUGAAAAUUCAGUGCACAUUACUUCCUUUAAACUUUGUACUAACACAGUCAUUGUGCAAACUUUCUUUCUUGAACAGUGAAUAUCUGAAAUGGCACUUGGAAAUGGACAAACUGGUUUAAGAUAUUUAAAGACUACUUGCUGUUCCAGUGUCGCUCCACCCAAACAUACAUAAAGGUUGCUGAGACUGAGGGUUUCAGUUCAGUUCAGUUCACAUGGACACAGGUUUGCUCCACAGCAGCAUCAGACCUCAGGUCACAAUGAGGUUUCUGAUCCUGCUGUGUGUGUCACUGCUGGCGAUCAGUGAAGCUGCACCAACCAGCAUUGAUCCAUGCUACAAUUACACCAUUCUUGAUGAAUACUGGAGAGACAUACGACAAAGCCAAUAUCAGUCCUAUGGACAUAAUGACAGUCUUGUUGAAUGGAGCGGCUGGUAUCGGCUGUAUCUGAAUGGACAAAGUGUGCAGAUGUCUGAGUGGUGUGUGAGUUAUAUUGGUUGUGGCGGUGACGUCGGAUUGAAUCUCAACGGUUCUCAUCCAAGACUUGAGGAUGGAGUGGUGACGCGUGAGGUUUUUGGAAGUUAUAUGAACUCUUACCAGUGUGGAGGCUACAGGUCUGCAUCCAUCCAGGUCAAAGCCUGUCCUGGAGAUUAUUACGUCUACAAGCUUGUCAAGCCAGAUCUGUCGAUUUACAAGCCGUCAUACUGUGCAGUUGCUUUCCAGAACAUCAGCAGUGACCCCUGCGACAGCUAUGAGUCUAUGGAUCGUCCCUGGAGAGCCAACAAUGAAAGUGGAGAAUAUAUUUGUGAUGAGUCUUUCUCCUGGGGCGGAUGGUACCGGCUUUUCUACAAUGGAAUGGACAUCCGAAUGUCAGAAACCUGUGUUAGUGAGUUCAUGUGUAAUGCAUUUCUGAGUCUGUCUCUCAGUGGUCCUCAUCCUCAGACUGAGGAUGGAGUGGUGAUCAGGGAGGUCCAAACAGGAGCCUCUAUGAGGGGCAGCUGUCAAUACAGAUCCAAACCCAUCAGAGUGAAAGCAUGUCCUGGAAAUUACUACGUCUAUGAACUGGUGAAUCCAAAUUUCUGGUGUUCGGGAUACUGCACAGAUGUUAGCACCAUUUCACAAUCUGUCCCCACCAUAAGUCCAAAUAUAACCACUGGAUCCAACAUUACCAUAAAUAACGACCCGUGCAUUAACUACAACAUCCUCAGCGAUGACUGGAGAAGCACAAUCAAUUACUGGUAUCAAGGAGAUUACAUAGCUGAGCACGAUGACACUCUUGUUAGCUGGGAUGGCUGGUAUCGACUCUACCUUAAAGGGUUGAGUGCUCAGAUGCCUGAAUGGUGUGCAUCUUACAUGGCGUGUGGAGGCUUUAGUGCUCUCUGGCUUGGCGGAUCUCAUCCUCAGCUAGAAGAUGGAGUGGUCACACGUGACAUUUAUGGCUCUUACUAUGAUGAGGGAAGUUACUACAGAUCUGACCCAAUACAAGUCAAAGCUUGUCCUGGAGAGUAUUAUGUCUACAAACUGACCAGGCCAGCUCUUUCAAUCCCAGCUCCAACGUAUUGUGCAGUACUUUUCACUAGCCCAAGUGUCGACCCCUGCUACAACUAUACCACUUUGGAUGAAGCUCGCCGGUCAACCAGCAAUACUGUUUACUAUGGAAUGUGCGAUUAUAACGUGAAGUGGAACGGCUGGUACAGGCUGCUCUUGAGUGGUCAGAAUGCUCAGAUGCCAGAAUCCUGUGUUAAUCGGACCAUGUGUGGCACUGAAGAACCAUUUUGGCUUAAUAGUUCUCAUCCACAGCCGGAGGAUGGAGUGGUCACCCGUCAGGUCUGUGUUUCCUCAUCGGAAGGCUGUUGUGGUUACACCUCACAUCCUAUUCGAGUCAAAGCCUGUCCAGGAAAUUACUAUGUUUAUGAGUUUGUCAGGCCAAUGUUUUGUGGAGUUUAUUGUGCAAGUGAGUAUUUACUUCAGAGUAUUUACCUAACCCUUCAGUAUGAUACAGUCAUUUAUCUCUCUGUUUAUUAUAAUAACAAGUGUAUUAAUAAGUAUCAGAAAUGUCAGAUGUUACAGUCUCUUCAACCACAACUACAACAUACACCAACCACAGCAACAACAUCAAGUACACCAAACACAGCGACAACAGAAACUACCGAAACAACAUCAAGAACAUCAUCUAUAUCAACAACAGUAUCCACAACAACAACACUAAGAACACCAACCACAGCAACAACAUCAAUAACACCAUCCAUAGCAACAACAGUUACCACAGCAACAACAUCAAGAACACCAACCACAGCAACAACAGAAACCCCGGCAUUAGCACCAAUAACACAAGCAGUACAAACAAGACCACAAGACCAAAGAAGUUCUUCUCCAACGACACAUACACCAAUUACAACAACCAAUCCACUAAUGGAAACGACUGGUGAUACGGAUCCCUGUUCUGAAAUCAGUUGCUCUGAGGACGAACACUGUGGGGAAAAACAUGGCGUUUAUGGCUGUUUAUGUAACACAAAUCAUAACGGAUCACAUUCUGACUCUUUUGAUUUCUCAGAAAGCUGUGAAAGCAGCUCCGGCUUCAUGUCUGUGUCUCGCUGUCAGCUCUUUGAGGCUGGUUUUCCAGCUGAUAUCCUACAUCUGAAUGAUCCCAGCUGCAGAGGAACAGUCCGGAACGGCAGAGUGGAAUUUCAGUUUGAUAACGAUGAACACAUCUGCGGCACUAAACUUGUGGCCAAUGGCACACACUUCGUCUAUGAUAACUGUAUUCAGGGGACACCGAGGUUAGAAGGCGUCAUCAGCAGAGAGAAAGCUCUGAAGCUUUCUUUCAGCUGUGCUUACCCGCAAGCGCAAGCUCUUUCCAUGAACAUGGAAAUCAACCCACUGGAGAGCAUUGUGCACAAGAGUCUUCCAGCGGGUGAAGGGAGAUACCGUGUUCGGAUGAUCCCUUAUCAGGAUGAUGAGUUCACGCAGCCCUUCAAUGGAAGUGUGGAUGCAGAGCUGGACCAGGAGAUGCAUGUGGAGGUUCGAGUGGAGGGAGUCGACAGCCGCCAGUUUGCCCUGGUGAUGGACACGUGUUGGGCUACACCUGUGAAUGAUCCCGACAGCAGUCUCCGCUGGGAUCUCAUCGCUCAUGAAUGUCCCAAUCCGGCUGAUGAAACAGUGGAUCUGCUGCAGAACGGCGUCUCAAUGUCCAGCCGUUUCUCCUUCAGGAUGUUCGUCUUCAAUGCAAACUCUAGCAGGCUUUACCUGCACUGUGCUGUUCACCUGUGCCUUCUGUCCAGCAACCACUGCACACCGAGCUGUAACUCUGAGAGGAGAGAGCGCAGGUCUCUGGAGCUUCAGGACAGCACUUCCAUAUCAAUGGGUCCUCUGAUGCUGUCUGGAAGAAAAACAGGUUGA